AUGCACAGUCGUGAGCCCUCCGCGGUUCGUGGACGACCCGCCGACCCUUCCACCCUAGCCCCAACCCUCCAAGCCCGCCGCGGCCACUCCGGUUCCAAAAGCCCCGACGUUUCAGCUGGUCACCCUGCAGGAUACGACGUGGGAUUGGAAAGACGACCGUCAAACUCGUACGGCCACCACCGCCAGACCUCCAUCGUCCAUGGCAUGCAACAUUCGCGCAAUCCGAGCAUGGCCGGUUCGACUGCUUCUGCUAGCCCGCUAAGCCCGGAGUUGAUUGCGUCUCUCGGUCGCGGGGGUUUUGAUGAGCCCGGUCUACCUAAUAAGCUUGAUCAGUUGGAUUCUCAUCAUCAGAGUCCCGGGAUGGCGGCUGGCCAUGGCGUGCCGGGAACACUGAGCACCAUCCAGGACCAUGAUGCUGACGACACGAUAAAUGGGAGUUCGGCAAGCGUGGUCCACAAACGGAUGGGCUCGGGGGGAACGAUAGGGGGACGGAAUCGUUCUCAUAGUCGCUCACACUCGAAACAUCAUUCGGAAUCGAAAACAGUGGGGGAGUAUGCGCUGCAUCAUCUAUUCAACUCGUUCGUUGGCAAGGCAGAGAGUAAGAUCAAUCAGGCUAUCUUAAAGUUGGGGGAAUCAGAUGCCCCCGUAGAGGAAGUAUGCGGACCAGGCGCGGAUCCCAACUUCGAUCAGUUGAUCUCAGCUUUGGGACAUAUCGCAAGACAGAAGCCAAAGCCAUUGAUCGAUACCAUUAUGCUGUGGCGGAAGAGUAAAGGCGAUGCAGCUAUCACCGCGAGACAAAUGACGAAUGAGCUGCCCAAACCAAUGGUGACGGAAAAUGGAGUGCUCAUGCGUCGAAACACCGAACCUACACAAGUGCCUGGCGACCCUGCCUCAGCAGAUCGUCCUCAACCGCCAACACCUUUCCUUAGCCGGCAUGACGACGUCGCGCUGGUUGAGCGCCGUGCAACGGUCUCUGUUUAUCUGGUCUGCAGAGUUUUGAUCGAAAUCUUCAACCAGAGCAGUCUCGCCUCAAUCACCCUGGAUAUGGCAGAUCGCCUAGAAGACAUCGUAUUCGGCCAGAUCAAGACCGUCGAUCCCGACCAAAUUUCUGCAUCCCCACUUCGUAUGGCUAACUGGAGGAUCUAUGGCCAGCUGCUUGGAAUUAUGAGCGAAUUGAAUUUCACGAGUGUCGCCAACCGUUUCCUAACGGAGCUUGACAAGUAUCAGAAGGAUGAAGUGGCCCGCGGUCCUUCACGCGAUGGUGAUGCGAGAGCCGAGCUGCUGGUCCUAGGAAUGAGGAACUUGCGUCUACCAACGUCUGCUGAAGGCUGGUCCAAGUCUUGCGAUUUCAUGCGAUCUGUGGCACGCUUGUUUGUCAAUGCACACGGGCAGAAAAUCAAGCAAGCAUACUGCUACGUAAUUGAGAAGCUUCUGCUUCCAGUGGCAGCCAACCCGAUUGCUGAUCUAUCGUUGCCCCGGUGGAAGGAGUUCUUGGACCUUGUUCAACCGCGUCUGGCACAAUUGCUCACUAAACCUCGGCAUUGGGCUGCCGCCUUCUCCUUGAAUGUGUUGCUGCUGUGUAUCUCCAAUAAAGAGACAUUCGCUUCCCAAUGGCUGUCGAUGAUCUCGAGUUUGCCCGCACGUCUUAAGGAUCGUCCCACGCGCGCCCCAGCGUUGCACGCCAUCUGCCGUCUUGUAUGGACCUACUUCUUCCGUUAUUCAGACUCCCCUACGACGACUCUUCGUAAGGUGGAGGAGGUGGCCAAGAUUGCCUUGCCUACCGGCAAAAGGACAUAUCUUAGCGCAGAGCCGGCCUUUGUAGACCCCCUCAUUCAAUUGAUCCGAAUGAUUGGAUUCAAGCACCCCGACGUUUGUUUCCGGAGCAUCAUCUUCCCCCUGAUCAACUCGGACCUGUUUCUCUCUGGCCGGGAACUGAAGAUUGAACAGAUGGAGCCGGAGAAGAUGGUUAUUGGUAUUCGUUCAUUCCUGGCUACCAUGUCUGAUCUUGAGACGAGUGAUCAGCUGUGCCCUCCCUUCCCCACGGGCUCACUUCCGAACCCUUUCAUGGAUAGUUCCACACCUGCCUACUUCCAUCGCUCCCAGCUGCUCACCGAGCCUAAGUUUGGAGCAGCUGCUCAAAAGCCCGAACCUUCCUCCCCAUGCCCAGUCAAUAUUUCGAGACUGAGCGAUAACGUCAGAGAGUACUACCUUCGCUUCUGCGAGGUUCUUGGCAAGAUCACAAUCCUUUGCGAUAAUACCUUUGGCGGACAAGCAGUUUUGGAUGAAAAGUUUGGCGGCACCACCCCUAAAACUCCCAUCACCGAAGCAUUCGGCUUUGGCCGACGUGAUGACCACUUGAGCACAUUGGAUCAAAAGCAAGGGUUCUACGAUCUGCUUCACGUAGCAGUGCAAGCCCUGCCUCGCUGCCUCUCCGAUCAUAUCCCCUUUAAUUCUCUCAUCAACCUCCUCUGCACUGGAACUGCUCAUGUUCAGUCCAACAUUGCCACCUCUUCCGCUGAUUCGCUGAAGGCGAUCGCCAGACAGUCACAUGCUCAGCAUGUGACUAUUGGCUUCGCUCGAUUUAUUUUCAACUUCGAUGCGCGGUACUCGACCAUGUCUGAUGAGGGCAUGCUCGGACCUGGUCAUAUCGAGUCUACACUGAGACUGUAUGUGGAGUUGCUUCGCAUUUGGAUCGGCGAGAUCAAGCAGAAGACCAAGGAAGCUGCCUCGGAUCAGCUGGAGAAGUCUGUCUCUGGUAGUCGGGCUCUGCACCUUGAUCUUUCGAGUGUUCUCGCACAUGUUGAGGAAAUUGAGUCCCAUGGGCUGUUCUUCCUAUGCUCGCAGUCUCGACGAGUUCGCGCCUUUGCUAUCAAUGUCCUACGAUUGAUCACUGAAUUUGACAGCGCUUUGGGCAAGGAGAACACACGAAUUAUCAGAAUUCUCGAGGCUGAUUCCCAGCAGAUUCUUGAUUUGAAUGAUGAGCAGCUCACCGUUGCCGAGCGAAGUCGGAUUCAAAAGGGCAAAAGGCGGAGUGCCUCCCAGAACACCCUCAUCGAGCUCUGCAGCAGUGAGGUCUCUUACGAUUCCACUCUGUGGGCCAAGGUUUUCCCAAACAUCAUUCGGGUUAGCUUCGAGACUUGUCCCUUUGCCGUGACUUUGGGACGAGAGAUUGUCUGCGCGCGCCUUGUUCGGAUGCACAAGAUGAUCACUUCACUUGCGGAACGAACGAGGCAUCCGCAGUACUCUCCCGUAGAUGUUUACCAGAACCGUCCUCUGGGGCGGAGCAACAUGACUGCGGAGAUUCUGGUCGAGCAGUGGAAGUUGUACCUCGUCAUGGCCUGUACAACUGUUACUAGCGUCGGUGCCCAGUCCCAGAGCCAGCUGGCAAAUGCUCAGCAUGCGCGGAAAGCCUCUAAAGGAGCACAAUCUUCUGAUAAGAUUAGCUCUGCUAGAAGUUUGUUUGCAUUUGUCAUUCCUCUUCUAUCUGCCGAGCGGGACUCCAUUCGCAAUGCCAUCGUCGUCGCCCUGGGUGCUAUUCAUAAGAACCUGUACCGCACUCUCCUGGAGUCCCUGCAGUACGCAGUCACUACCUGCAACGAAGAGGCGAAGAUCCGUAUCGGCGCGCAUCAUCGCACGCCUAGUAGUCCUCAACGGAAUCGCAACACGGACCGAUUGCGUACCGAAGUCACCCACGUCUACAAACUAACAUCACACUUCUUGCGUGAGCCAGAAGUCUACAACGACGACUGGAUCGUCAACAACAUCAUUACCUACGCCAAGGACCUCCGUAUUUUCCUGAGCGAUGCCGAGGUUCAAAACGACUGGGAAUUCCAGCGUCUGCGUUUCCACUAUUGCGGCUUGAUGGAGGAGCUCUUUGAAGGGGUCAAUCGUACGAAAGACCCGUCUCGAUGGAUGCCCUUUGAGUCCAGAAAAUCCGCGUUCUCCUUGAUGGAGGAUUGGUGUGGAUACUCGCCCAAUCAAGCUCAAAUCACUGAAAGGGAAGAGCAUAUGCGCAAGUUUGCGGCGGCCCAGCCGCAUGAAGGCGGCGAGAUGAGAAAUGCUGCUGCCGCGAUGGAAAUCGAGAAGAAGAAUCUUCGUGCUGCGGCGUUGAGUGCCAUGGCCUCUCUAUGUGCUGGACCAAUCAGUAUUACGACGGAGAGUGGAUCUGUUCUCCAGUUCGAUGUGGGUCGCAUGCUGUCGUGGAUUGAUAUCAUUUUCAAUACCGUCAGCGACAAGUGGCACUCGAUUGGACGCCGUGCGCUGAAGAACCUGAUCAUUCACAACAAGGAGCACUCAUACCUGAUGGAGCGGUCCAUUGAGAUGUGUUAUGUGGCCGAGCGCCCCAAGGCUCUUGAGAGUUAUUUCGAAGUAUCGACCGAGGUACUCAUCGAGCAUCCAGACUACCCAAUGCAGUUCUGGAGGAUCCUGGGUGCCGUGCUGGUUACCCUUGGCAGUCAGAAGCGCGAGAUUCGGAUGAAGUCUGCCAAGCUCCUCCGGCGCCUUGAGGAGCGGCAGCAGAAGAGCUCUCGUCUUCAGGACUUUGACAUUAGCAUUUCGGACAAGACCACGGCCGUGUACAAGUUGGCACAGUUCGAGACUUCGAAACGUCUUGCCAUCCUGCAUUCUGAUCUGGCGUUUACUCUGUUCUCCGAGUUCUCGCUGCAUUUCAGGAAUCUGCGCUCCGAUAGUCAGCGAAACAUGGUUGCCGCUAUUUUGCCUUGGGUGCAGGCUAUGGAGUUACAGGUUGAUCCGAAUGGUGGCCCGACAGCGUCGUCGUAUAUGCUGCUUGCCAAUCUCUUUGAGAUAACCAUCCGCUGUAGUACUACACUGCCAAACCAGGUCCAAGCCAUGUGGCAAGCUUUGGCCACGGGCCCUCACGGCGGCAAUGUCCAACUCGUCCUGGAUUUCAUCAUCAGCCUUUGCUUGGAACGCAAGGAGCAGAAUUUUGUAGAAUAUGCCAAGCAGGUUGUCGUCUUCCUCGCCGCGACUCCAGCAGGAUCCAAGGUCAUUGAGUUCUUCCUUCUGCUGGUCAUUCCUAAGAACAUGGUACAGGAGCGCAAAGACCUCACCCCACAGCCUCCAGAUCUCAAAAGUUUGCCGUAUGUCGCGGAUCUGGCUACAGUGCUGCCUGUGGGCAACAAGCAGGCCGGUCUUUCGCUCGGACAAGUUGCUCUUAUCUUCCUUGUUGACCUCAUGGUUGCUCCCGUUACCCUUGCCUUAGAAGAUGUGGUCAAGCUUCUCCACGUUGUGCUCAUUCUCUGGGACCAUUACACCGUCACUGUGCAGGAACAGGCUCGAGAGAUGCUGGUUCAUCUCAUCCACGAGCUUGUUGCAGCCAAGUUGGCAGAUGAUGCCCCUGCUGAACAUCGUCAAGCUGUUGAGGAUUUCGUCGAGUCAAUCCGUCAAAGUGACAGCGCUGUAGUCUGGGAAUAUGAGGAGAACCAGGGUAAGGAUGAGGAGGCGGAUGAUCGCCGUGUGCCUACGGCCAUGGCGACCGUGACGCGCGAGGUGGUCAAGUUUUUCAGUUUCGAGUACGAGGGUGUUGGUGAUCUGUGGGCCAAGGAGGCGCUGUACUGGGCGACGUCUUGCCCCGUGCGGCAUUUGGCAUGCCGCUCGUUCCAGGUCUUCCGGUGCAUCUCAACAUCGUUGGAUUCGAGAAUGCUGGCGGAUAUGUUGGCUCGACUAUCGAAUACAAUCGCUGACGAGGAAGAAGACUACCAAACCUUCUCAAUGGAGAUCCUCACUACCUUGAAGAUUAUCAUCGGCUCUUUGGCCCCGUCAGAUCUCCUGCAUUAUCCACAGUUGUUCUGGACGACCUGCGCCUGUCUUAAUACAAUCCACGAGAGCGAGUUUAUCGAGAGUCUCGGCAUGCUGGAGAAAAUCCUUGAUCGGAUUGAUCUUAGCGAUCCCCUUGCGGUGACACAGCUCUUGGAAGGCCAGCCACCGAAGUGGGAGGGUGGAUUUGAUGGUCUUCAGGACCUGGUCUUCAAGGGACUCAAGUCAUCCGAGUCCUUCAAUCGAACAUUGGACGUUCUGCAUUGCCUGAGUGGACUUCCCAACAACGAGCUUAUUGGAGAUGGCACUAGACAGCUGUUCACCAUUCUUGCGAACCUUCCCUUCUUCCUUCAAAGUUUCGAUCAAGGGUUCACGGAUCAAAAGCCCAUCAUGCAUGCUAGCCUGCUUGCUCGAGUCGCUGAGAAUGAGCGCUGUCCCCGACUUGCCGCGUCGUUAUUUGGAUUCGCCAACCAACAGUACAAGACUGAGGGUGUUUUCCUGGAUCACAUCAUCACGGAGAUCAAGUCGUACUACUUCCCGCAGCUUGACUUCCAGUGCUUGAUUUUCCUCAUGGGUCUUCUCACCAAUACGACUGAUUGGUUCCGGAUUAAGACAAUGAAGAUUCUCUGUGUCUUGAUUCCCGAGGUGGACAUGCGCCGCAACGAGGUGACAUGCCAUGGUCCCGACCUCAUAUCCCCGUUGCUGCGCCUCCUCCAGACCAACCUCUGCCCCCAGGCCCUCGGAGUUCUGGACAAUAUCAUAACCGUCUCCGGGAAUCCAAUGGAGCGGCACCAUCUUCGCAUGAGCAUGGCAUCGGCUGUUUCAUCCCGUGCCAUUCGCAAGGAGUACGAGCGUAUCCAGAGUCUCUACGGUAUUCCAGAGGAGACGGGAUGGUCUGUGCCUAUGCCUGCGACGCAGUCAAGCAUGACCCGCAACAACGUCCACGCCGUCUUCUACACGUGCGCCGAUGCGGAUAACAUGAACGUGGAGGAUACUAUGACGCCUGAUGUUGAGUUCCGUGCGGACGAGUUCAAGGACACAUUCUUCCCGAUGAGAGCGGAUACCAUGAAGUCCAUCGACACACAGACCGAUGGGAAUAUGGGCGAUAUUGUUCAGAAGUUGGAUAGCUUGGAUGAUUUCUUUGAAGAGACAGAGUCAAGCGUACAGUCUUUCAAUCCAGUGGCCCCGCCAAUGCUGCGUGGGUUUACGGGAAGCUAUAUCGAUACCAACGCCCAUCUGUAUGAUCAGCAAACCGCGCCAAUCUUGCGAAAGUCCCUUGCAAGAACGGGCUCCACCUCAUCCUUCCAUAACGGCCUGGCCGAAUCUCGCCCUGCCAAUUUCCGCUUUGAUGGCCCUGGCAUGCACUCUCCCGUGAAUCCACCACCGCACAGCUCGCAAACCAUCCGUCCUGCCUCCCACACUCGCUCGGUGACGUCACCCGCAAACAACCUCUACGUCCACACCCAACAUCCAAUCCCGCAUAGCACACCGCCAGUGACCUUGCACGAGUCAGCAUUCCUUUCGGAUGAUGAGAUCGAAGACGCAUAUUCAGACCUCGAUGACCGCUCCCAUGGUAAAAGAGGACUUCAUCCCCCAAUGCCACCCAUGGUGCGCAGCGCUACAGAUGGCUCCCACUCUCUUGAGUCUAUGAUCCGAAGCGGUAUGCGCCGGCUCACUGGCGGUGCAGCGAACAAUCGUGAGAAAGAGCGCUCACGUGAUCAUCUCCGAGCUCAGCACCGCGCUAUGGUUCAGACCGCAAAUUCACCUCGAGUGCCUAAAGUACCUGAGGAGUAUCUCGCAGGCCCAACCAGCCAUCCUACGUCGCCGAGGUCGUGA